AUGAAGGAGCCGCCCCAUUUUCCUAUCCCACAACCAGCGAAUGGGCCAACGGAGGCUUCACCUCACCCCAACCAAUCUGAGCAGGUGCCAGCUGUCAACCGACCAAUGGGUGAGGGGGUCGUGGGUAAGAGUGGCUGGUUUCGCGCAUCUCUGGAGGCAGGUGGACUCUAUAUGUUGGAAAAUCCGGACACUGUCAUUGCUGAUUCACAAGUAGAUAGCCUGCUAGCUCUCUUCCAUCCAACUCGUUCAAAAUCACUACCAGAUCUUCGUGAAGCUCCUCCAGACCCAGCUCAGGAUCCAAAUCUACCCUCCUACCGCCUGCCUACCCGAGUCUACACCUCCACCUUCCAGCUCCCUGGUUCACGCGCUUUCUUCCUUACUCCUGUCGGUCCGCAACACUUUAUCAGCCAAUUGAGUAAGGGCGUUUUUAGCGGGCGAAUCUACGCACCUUCGGCAGCACAAGAAAAGUAUCUCACCACACACGUGAGCAUCAGAACUCAUUUCUCAAGGCCACACGAGCUUGAGGACCUACAGGGUUUGCAACUUCGUCGUUACACAGAUUUCUUCUACUUCCGCCAACACCGGUGGAAGGAAAAAGGGAAUAACAAGAAGACUGAGAACCCCGAGACAGAACUAAGUAUUACUUCUACCGGAUUAAACAACAUCCUCCCAACACAACAAGACUCUUCAUUAACCUUACUUUCGGCAGAGGAUCUUACAGUAACCAAGGCUCAGGAGGAGAAAGAAGAAGAUAUCAUGGCUGUCCCGAUGCAAUACGACGUGGAGCACCAACUGAAUGGACGCGAUGAGGCGAUGGAAGUGAUAACCCAGAAAAAUGUCUCAGUCAGUGAUUUGAGAAGAAAAUUUGAGGAAGCCCAGACCAUGUAUCUGCCCCGUGAUCCUACUGUGCUAAAGGAGAGGCCACGAGUUACAAGAAGAGAGAAAAGGAGCUGUUCAUUGGAACCCCUAAGAAGUCGUCCAAGAAGUGCUGCCUAUGAACGCCAUGAGGAUGACAAGCUCUUCUCCGUUAAAAGACCUGAUUCGUUAAGGUCGUUGCCUUUACGUGAACAACACUCUCCUCUGCGUAGCAGAAAUGGUUUUACGAGGAAGUAUGAGCCGGAAAAACAUCAAACACUACAGGAAAGACAAAGGUGGUCUGUGAGCUAUGGAGCGCCUCAGCCAAUUAGACGCUCCGAUGAGUACUCCCCAACCAGACGAAAACUUCUAGGCAUUAAGAGGAACGCCAGUCCAAGGAGUAUGAACCGAGCUGCGGGAAGUAAUGACUGGCCAGAUGGUAUAUUUACCAAGACAGGAGAUGUGUACAAACGGAUAAAUAAUAAUGGUAUCUCCUAUAUAAUCCCCACCUCCCCAGAUAGUGUGAAGCAAGUACGAAGCGCGGAUUACAAACAAAAUCAGCUAACCGUGGAUUGUUCGGAUCACUACAGCAUGAGAUCGCCUAGCCCACAGAUGAGAGAUAGACCCAGCCCCUGUUUGAACUACUCCUACUUGGAGCAUAUUGAUACGGGUGGGAUAAAGCCCUACCGAUCAGUGAAUCUCUCCGACUGGAAAGGAAUACCUCGAGCUGGAAAAUCCACUUCCUGUUUGAGUUUAAAUCAGCCCGAAGUCUUUCGUGUUAAGCGGUACAGCGUUCCACGGGCUGCUGCAGGUGAUGAUGAAACCUGGAAGGUCCGAGCUCAAGAGAUAGGAGGGGGACGCAGAAGGAUUCACAUGACACGGGGGAGCUGGUCGCCUGUUCAGGCCCACCCGUCACCCCGGUCAAUACCUGGUGAUCUUGAAGAAGAGACAGAGAGGGAGGUGCGAGAACGAGGGCCCCAAAAAAACAAAAUCCCUUCACCAUCACCGCCACAGCCACAUCUACCGGUCCCCGAAGGAAUUGACGAGUCAUCUAUUUCCAGAGCAUUUGACUACAAUAUCGCGCGAUUUGAGAAACUAGCCGUGGAUAGCAAGAAGGAGGCGCUCUGCACCAAGGGCUCGGGAUGUUGUGUGCAUUCGCCAGCCGCAAGGCAACCAUAUCCAUCGCGCCGACUAUUUUCGACCCGAAGAAUGAGGUCUGACCGAGGAUUUAUGAAUGGCGAUGCAGGAGGCACACAACCCACCAAAUACCGUUUUGAAAGAGGCGGUUUUGACCGUUACUAUGGCGACGGUACUGUUGAGGUUAUCAGCUCUCCCGGUGGAAAGUUUCACUCCCACAGUUAUGAGCCCUACCCUUCACCCUGA